AUGCAGCCUGAGCUUGCCCCUUACGACGGCCUCGAAGUAGUCCCUGGCUCAGCCCGGAAAUUGGCCAUAGCGAGCAAGAUGAAAAGCUACCACCGCCAGCUCGACAGCGGCGACUCAUGGCAGCAGGAGAAGACGCCGGCUGGCACUAGAGAGGCGCUGCCUGCUAGAAAUAGGAUAUGCGGUCUGUCGAGGGCCAUCUUUAGACUCACCGUCGUCAGCACGGUCCUGUCGCUCUUGGCCUUUUCAACGGCUGUCUCCUCGCUAUCGCCGCCGACCACGCAGACAUCACCCACCUCAGCAUUAACUAUAUCACCUCCAGCAUCUAGAAGUAUCGCCUCCUCGUCGACCUCGACCUUAAACUCAAACUCAACAACCUCAACUAGCACCCCCCGGCCGUCCAACAUUUGCCCGGGCGCCAACAACACUGUCGUGACGCCCACACUCGGCACCGUGCAGUACUCCGUAAUGUGCGAUUCAGACUUCAGCGGCAGCGGCAAGCAGGACCUUGCGUCGUACGUCACGACCUCGUUUGACGAGUGCACCGAGCUAAUGUGGCGGGCACCGGCACCCAGACGCCCGACGUGCUGGUGCCUUGGCGGUGCCGAUAAGACUGUUGUUAAGAAUGUGGGUAAUAUUGUUGGCGUGCCGCAAAGAAGCGAAGCGUGUUUCGUGUGGUAGCCUGUCGGUAUUUGCGACCCUUACAUGUAGAGGGGUUAUGUUGUUCGAUUCGUGAAUUACACUUCGUUUCCCGGUUAGCAUGGAAGAGAUAUCAUUCACGCGAACGAUAAUGGGUACUACCGGAUUUGUCAUGUGAGGUUUCGCCCUGUCAGC